AUGAGUACGGUUGAGAUGACCGAGAAGAAUGAAAAUGUCGCCCGUAGACCAAGAAGCAAGAGUCCGCCAUGGGGAGCCAGCUGGCGAAGUUCGACUUGGUAUAUCACCAUAGUGGUGACUUAUGGAGCGAUGACCGAAGCACUUUGCUAUAUGGUGGGUGUACCAGUCAUUCCAUUUCGACUGGAAGAUUUGGGAUAUGACCAUAUAUCCACCAAGGCAUCAUGGUUCCUCUUCUCAUACUGUAUAGCUAUAGCUGUCUCCACACUGCCUACCGCUAUCUUUCUUGACAGAAAAGCAUGGCGACGUGGUCCUCUAAUGGCAGCCACCUGUGCCAUGCAAGUUGCGCUACUACUUCUUAUCUUCGUGGACAAAUAUGCCGUAAUGAUCUUGGCUCGUACUAUACAGGGAUUAUCCUGCUCUAUCAUCUGGUCCAUCGGAUUCGCUCUGAUUUGCGAGAACGUCGAAAAGAAGAAUAUAGGUCGUCAACUUGGUUUCGCAUUUUCCGGUAUGAGUAUCGGCAACAUUGUGGGUCCAGCAGCUGGAGGGGGUCUGUACACCACACUAGGCUGGAAAGCGCCUUGGAUAUUUUGCAUGAUUGUAUGUAGCGUAGAGCUACUCGGACGAUGGUUAGCAGUCGAACAGAAGGACCUGAUCAAAUACCAACAUGGCUCACCAACAUCGAGUGAAGAAGCGACGAACACUAUCGCAAGUUCGAGCAACAAUCGACAAUCUCUGGAUCAUACGCCUUAUUCCGACCAAGCAGCGAAUGAUCAGACGAACCGUGACGAGCGCAAAAAGGAAUCUGCAUUGCAAGUGGUUAAGUUCCUCUUUACGCUUCCAAGGAGCCUUACAGGUAUUGCUGUGAAUUUUCGUUUGGGUUUGAUUCUUGGUGCUAUCGAUCCGACAUUGACCUUGAGGUUGAGAGAUCAAUGGGGAAAAGACUCUCAUUUCGCAGGUUUAGUCUACCUGGCAACGGCCGUACCUUGCUUGAUCACUUCUCCAGUCGAAGGUUGGCUAGCCGAUAAGAUUGGUGCAGAAUGGAUAUUAUCCCCUGCAGCCAUUCUGUCAGCACCUUUCCCUUUGUUGAUGAUGUUGAGCAAGAGUCUGCCAGGGUUUAUUAUCUGUUUCGUUCUGUUCUUCGUCUUACUUAAUAGUACCCUUGCGCCUGUUGGGGUAGAAGUCGCUGCAGUGGCAGCCCAGAACAGGGGAAUAAGCGAACUGCACCAGUUUGCCGCACUGAACUUGGCUUGGUCUAUAUCGGGUGCGGUGGGUACAAUCAUCGGAGGACAGCUAUACGAUCACGUAGGGUGGAAUGCAAUUUGUUGGUUUUCUUUUGCAACUAGUCUUGUUCUGUUGCCAGUGACAAUGGUAUACACCGGUGAAAGACCAUUAUUUUAUCGAAUGGUUUACAAAAAAUCUCAACAAAGUCCCCCAUCAGAAGAACAGUAG